GCAGUUCCUUCUGCGCUUUGUUCAAGUCUCCGACUCCUCGUAGCUGCUCGCUUGGACCAGGCUGGCCGUGGUGACAGCACUGUGUCGUCCCCGCUCCUAGGCAGUGGGCCGUCCGGGUAGUAGCGGUCGAGUCCCGCCCAGGCUCUCAGAGGACUCCACAGCCCGAGUGUUUGACUCAAUUCACCAGUCCAAUAUCCCUCCCGUUACCAGUGAGGAACCUGGGGCCCAGAGAAGAGGGCGGAGUCUUGGCCAAGUGACUCAAGACCCUCUUAGGAACUUCUUCACUGAACUCAAGGAGGAAAUCAGGCAAGAUCUGUGCUGUGCAGAUCCUUUGGAUUAAGGCUGCUGUGCACAGGAAUAUGGCUCCUGGACUACCCUGCAUCAAGGCACAGUCUCCGGGAGGCCCAGUUUUCCACCAUCUGGUCUAGCCUGUAGAGCUUGCAUCUCUUCCCACAGUGGUUUGCCUGAGGGGAUGUUAUUCUCAUCCACUUCUUCCAGUUUGUGCCUAAGACUUGGCUGAAGAGGCUUCUGAACUUCCAGAGGAAGCCUUCGACAAAAUAGCCUAAGAUGUUGUGGUGUGUGCUUGAGACAGGACUCUGUCAGGAUGGCUACAUCCAUUCUCCCACAGCUGCACGAAAAUCAGAGGUGGGCAGAGGUGACUGUGGUAGAGAAUACAAAGAACAUCUGUUUUAGGUCUUGUAGAUGAUACUCUCCAAGCUGUAAGGAAGAAGUCAAGGAUUAAGGAGACCUGGACUGGAGAGGAGCCUUUUUCAAAAAACAACAAUGACAAGAGAAAAUUGGGCCCACAAUGCUCUGAGACAAGAGGGCCUUGUGAAGGGGAAAGAUGAUACCUGGAAAUGGGCAACCAGCUUCCAAGGAAGUAGCUCCUCCGUUUGGGAGACCUCCCACCUACACUUUAGACAGUUACGUUACCAUGAGACAUCUGGACCCCAGGAAGCCCUGAGCCGGCUCAGGGAACUUUGUCGCCGGUGGCUGAGACCAGAAGCACGCACCAAGGCACAGAUCCUGGAGCUGCUGGUGCUGGAGCAGUUUCUGAGCAUCCUGCCGGGGGAGAUUCGGACCUGGGUACAGCUCCAUCACCCUGGAAGUGGCGAGGAGGCUGUGGCCCUGGUGGAGGAGCUGCAGAAAGACCUUGAUGGACCAGUAAUACAAGUUCCAGUCCUUGUCCAGGAUCAGGACACUCUCCAGAAGGCGGUGAGUGCCCCAGGAACAACACUUCCUCCUGUACUUCCUGGCAGCCACAUAGCAGCUGAAAUUUGCCCGCAUCCUCCUACUGACCUAGUGGCAUUCAACCUCCAGGAUCCUCAGCAUGAUUCUCCUGCCCCUGAAGCUUCUGCCCUUUCCCAGGAAGAGAACCCGAGAAAUCAAUUAAUGGCACUUAUGCUCCUAACAGCCCAGCCCCAGGAGUUGGUGAUGUUCGAGGAGGUGUCAGUAUGCUUCACUUCAGAGGAAUGGGCAUGUCUGGGCCCAAUCCAGAGGGCCUUGUACUGGGAUGUGAUGCUGGAGAAUUAUGGAAAUGUGACCUCCCUAGAAUGGGAGACCAUGACCGAGAAUGAGGAGGUGACGUCAAAGCCAAGUAGUUCUCAAAGAGCAGACUCUCAUAAAGGAACAUCAAAAAGACUUCAAGGAAGUGUUCCCCAGGUCCUUGAUUUUGAAGAAGAGUGUGAAUGGCAAGUUUUGGCAAGUCAGUGGGGAAAUGAAACAGAUGAAAGGGCAGAUACAGUGAAGAAAGUUUCCCUUUGUGAACGAGACAAGAAGAAAAGGACUCCACCAGAGAAACAAGGCCAAAAGUGGAAGGAAUUAGGAGACAGCUUGACUUUCGGUUCAGCUAUUUCUGAAAGUUUAAUAGGUACUGAAGGAAAGAAGUUUUAUAAAUGUGAUAUAUGUUGUAAACAUUUUAAUAAAAUCUCCCAUCUUGUAAACCAUCGGAGAAUCCAUACUGGUGAGAAACCUCAUAAAUGUAAGGAAUGUGGAAAAGGCUUUAUUCAGCGUUCGAGCCUUCUAAUGCAUUUACGGAACCAUUCAGGGGAGAAACCUUAUAAAUGUAAUGAAUGUGGGAAAGCAUUUUCUCAAAGUGCUUACCUUCUAAACCAUCAGAGGAUCCACACUGGGGAGAAACCUUAUAAGUGUAAGGAGUGUGGAAAGGGCUUCUAUAGGCACUCAGGCCUAAUUAUACAUCUAAGGCGCCAUUCAGGGGAGAGACCUUAUAAGUGUAAUGAAUGUGGGAAAGUUUUCUCUCAGAAUGCUUACCUCAUUGACCAUCAGAGGCUCCACAAAGGGGAAGAACCUUAUAAAUGUAAUAAGUGUCAGAAAGCUUUCAUUCUGAAGAAGAGCCUCAUUCUGCACCAGAGAAUCCACUCUGGGGAAAAACCCUAUAAAUGUGAUGAAUGUGGAAAGACCUUUGCUCAGACCACUUAUCUUAUUGACCAUCAGCGACUCCACAGUGCAGAGAACCCUUACAAGUGUAAAGAAUGUGGAAAAGUUUUCAUUCGAAGCAAAAGCCUCCUCUUACAUCAGAGAGUCCACACAGAAAAGAAAACCUUUGGUUGUAAAAAGUGUGGGAAGAUUUUCAGUUCUAAGUCAAACUUCAUUGACCAUAAGAGGAUGCACAGCAGAGAGAAACCUUAUAAAUGCACUGAAUGUGGGAAAGCCUUUACUCAAAGUGCUUACCUUUUUGACCACCAGAGACUCCACAAUGGGGAGAAGCCCUAUGAAUGUAAUGAAUGUGGGAAAGUUUUUAUUCUGAAGAAGAGCCUCAUUUUACAUCAAAGGUUCCACACUGGAGAGAAUCUCUAUGAAUGUAAAGAUUGUGGUAAGGUCUUCGGUUCAAACAGAAACCUCAUUGACCAUGAGAGACUCCACAAUGGGGAGAAGCCAUAUGAAUGUCGAGAGUGUGGGAAAACCUUUAUUAUGAGCAAAAGUUUUAUGGUCCAUCAGAAACUCCAUACACAAGAGAAAGCCUACAAAUGUGAGGAUUGUGGGAAGGCUUUCAGUUACAAUUCAAGCCUGCUUGUACAUCGGAGAAUCCACACCGGAGAAAAACCCUUUGAAUGUAGUGAGUGUGGAAGAGCUUUCAGUUCAAACAGAAACCUCAUUGAGCAUAAGAGAAUCCACAGUGGUGAGAAACCCUAUGAGUGUGAUGAGUGUGGCAAAUGCUUCAUUCUGAAGAAAAGCCUCAUUGGACAUCAGAGAAUUCACACGAGGGAAAAAUCUUAUAAAUGCAAUGACUGUGGGAAGGUCUUCAGUUACCGCUCAAACCUUAUAGCCCAUCAGAGGAUCCACACUGGCGAGAAGCCCUAUGCGUGUAAUGAGUGUGGAAAAGGUUUUACCUACAAUAGAAACCUGAUUGAACAUCAAAGAAUUCACAGUGGAGAAAAAACCUACGAAUGUCAUAUAUGUAGGAAAGUCCUUACCUCUAGUAGAAAUCUUAUGGUACAUCAAAGAAUCCAUACUGGAGAGAAACCUUAUAAAUGUAAUGAGUGUGGAAAAGACUUUAGUCAGAAUAAAAACCUUGUUGUACAUCAGAGAAUGCACACUGGGGAAAAACCUUAUGAGUGUGAGAAGUGUAGGAAAUCCUUUACUUCUAAGAGGAAUUUAGUUGGCCACCAGAGAAUUCACACAGGGGAGAAACCUUAUGGGUGUAAUGAUUGUAGUAAAGUUUUUAGGCAAAGAAAAAACCUUACUGUACAUCAGAAAAUCCACACAGAUGAAAAACCUUGUGAAUAUGAUGUGUCUGAAAAAGAAUUCUCUCAGACUUCCAACCUUCAUCUUCAACAGAAAAUCCAUACCAUUGAGGAAUUCUCUUGGUUACAAAACACCAAUGAGUCCAAGAUUGAGAUUCAGAAAAUCUAGUGUCAUAUGUAAAGUGGAAUAGAAUCCCUGCCUACUUAAGUAACUGUUGGACAAAUGAUAUAUAUUUCUUCUAAGGAAAAAGUUUAUUUACUCUUUACUAGACAAAUGAGUAGCAUAUAGAAGAAAGUUAAUAGGCUGGACUUGGUGGCUCAUGCCUGUAAUCCCAGCACUUUGAGAGGCCGAAGCGAGUGGAUCACCUGAGGUCAGGAUUUCGAGACCAGCCUGACCAAUGUGGUGAAACCCCAUCUCUACUAAAAUACAAAAAUUAUCCGGGCAUGGGGGCACACACCUGUAAUCCAAGCUACUCAGGAGGCUGAGACAGGAGAGUCGCUUGAACCCGGGAGGGCAGAGGUUGCAAUGAGCCAGGAUUGCGCCAUUGCACUCCAGCCUGGGCAACAAGAGCGAAACUCUGUCUGAAAAAAUAAAGUUCAUCCCAACUUUCAAGUCUACAAAAACAAUCCAAAUCUAAUAACAUAGUUGUAAAUGAGAGCAACAAUAUCUUUGUAUUAAAAAGUAGACGUGGGCUGGGUGCAGUGGCUCACUCCUGUAGUCCCAGGACUUUGGGAGGCCGAGGUGGGAAGAUCGCUUGAGCCCAGGAGUUUGAGACAAGCCUGGGUAACACAGGGAGACCCAUCUUUAGUAAAUAAAAAUAAAUUUAUUCAUAAAAUUAAAAAUUUAAUAAAAA